AAGCGAGCAGCAACCCUGAACAAUGCCUUCUCGGCGACAAAUGCGACCAGCACAAUGAUGAAACACGGGAGCCCUGACAGAUGCAAGGUGUCUCAUAAGUCAUAACGGAUCUGUCACUCGCCAAUGACCUCUACAGCAAUGUACCUGGGAAGAUAUCAAUAAACCUCUCUUUCUCGCUUCAACAUCAGUGCGUGAACGAUCCAAUUCAACCCCUGGAUUGGAAUCUCCGGCUGCGCGUCUGUGAACUGGCGCGCGAGAGCUGGACCUAGGCACAUACACAGUAUCUGUUGGAACCCCACGGCGACGGGACUGAUCUCUAUCUCUACAACCGACACCGAAUUUAUGAGCCCAUCCAGUCUUGUGAGAACCGGAACACCCUUCCUGCCAUGAUUCAGUACGGCCCCCUUACCCAGGUGGCCCUCUUGAGAUGGGUCAACUCGUUCGAGACCCGGCGCAAGGCCGAGACGCUGCAGGACCUCCGAGACGGCAUCAUUCUCGGCCAGAUCCUCGAGCAGAUGCUGGCACCCGAAUUCCACUCCUCGGCGCUCAUUCUGAACCCCGCCUCCGACCACGACAACCGGCAAAACCUUGAGACAGUCUACCGGGGCCUGGCCGGAUUUCUCCGUACCGAUAACCCGCUCCUGGCGCCAUCACCCUCCGAAUUCCGUGCCAUUGCCGAGAACCCAACCGACAAUGCGCUAUGCGAGUUCCUCACGGCCUUCGUGGCCGCCGCUUGCAUGGGCUCCCUCACCAAGACGUACGUCCCCAAGGUCAUGGAGCUCGACCAGUCAGCCCAGAGCGAAAUUGCAAAAAUCCUCAACCAGAAGGCCCAAUUGAAGAUGGACAAGGAGCGGAAGGCGGCGGAGGAGCCAUGGGCAGGGGACAAGGUUGACGUGGAUGUCGACAUUCACGCUGUCAGAGAUCCGGAGUUGAUGGCCGAAGAGCUCGAACAGAUGAAGGGCAAGGUCGAGGUUCUCAAGAAGCAGAAUGCAGAUCUGCAGUCUCGCCUGGACAAGCUUCUCGACACGCGGGAGGCCAUGCUGCACGACCUGAGGCUCGCCCAGGAUGAGCUCACGACGCUGAAGCGUGCCCGGGGUUCUGAUGUGACAACCGCCAUUCGGGACCUGCGGAACGAGAUCCGCGAGAAGAUGGCCGAGAUUGACCGCUUGGAAGACCUGGUUGAGAAGGAAAGCAUGCGCGCAACGAGACUCGAAAAGGAGAACGAGACGUUGCGUACAAAGGCUGAGCGGGUAAAAGACCUCGAGGACAAGGUCACGGUUCUUGAGCACGAGACGAAACAGCAGCAGCAGCUGAUCAAGGGGCUGGAGAAUUACAAGAAGAAGGCCCAAGAUUUGACCAUUAUCCAGCAACGAAACCGGGCCUUGGACGAACAAAUUCUUCAGCUCGAGCAGGAACUGAAGAAUUUUGACGAGGUGAAGGCGCAAAAUAGGAAGCUCCAGAAGGAGAUCGAGGAAAAGGUCAAGGUCCUGUCGACCAACGAGCAGGAGAUCAUCUACACGCUGCAGUCCAAGAAUGUCCUGCAAGACGCCAAUGAGGAACUCAAGAGGAGGAUCGAGUAUCUCGAAUCGAAGCGCCAGCUCGACGAGAGCACCAUCAGGGAGCUCCAAGAGCAGCUUCAGCUGGGCGAUAUCCCUCAGCCAGGAUCCGACAGCCCAGGCGCCAGCACUACCAAGUUCAGCCUCGAACAGGAGCUCGAGACCACGGCGGACCCGGCAACUGUUGCCCUACGCCUGGAAGUCCAGCGGCUCAAAGCCGAGAAUAACCUCCUUCGUAACAACAUGGCGGUGGCGUCGGAAAACGAGCGGCUUCGCAGCGAGCUCGAGAGCGCCAGCCAGAGGGUGGAACACAACCGGCUCAAGUGCAUAGAGGCGAUGGAGAAGCACGCUGUGGUACAGGAGCAGAUCAACGCUCUGGUCAACAACGCCACCGGUGAAGGGGACGCCGCAUUCAUUAACAUGCGCCGCGAACUGCUCGAUACAGCUAAGGACCUCGAAAGACUUCGCAAGCGCACACAGGAGCUCGAGCGCGAAUCGGCGGAUCGGGAGCGCGAGCUGCUGCGCCUCAAGGCAGAGCUCGAUGCGGUCGGGCACGAAGAGAGCGCCGCUCUCGCAGCGCUCAAGUCGUCAGACGAGCUCAUUUCCGACUCGCUGCGAACAGAGCUCGAGGCGACGCGCAAACAGCUCACCCAGAAGGCGUUUGAGCUCGACGAGACGAAGGAGCAGCUCAUGGGCACGCUGUUGUCGAAAGACAAGGUGCAGCGGAAGCUGGAUGAUGCGUUGGCGUCGGCAGGACAGCAGCAGCCUGAAGAAGCGCAGCAGCCCAAGAGCAAGAAGGAGGAUGCUGAGAAGAUGGAGAAGCUCAAGGCCGCGCUACGGCAGAAGAUCGAGCAACUGGAGAAGUCGGAACAAGAGAAGUAUGACCUACAACGACGGCUCAAAGUCGCUGAGAGUGGCGGUGCAUACGCGGCUCAGAAGACCGCCAAUGAGCAGAUGAUCCGGAACCUGCAGCGCGAAAACGCCAUGAUCACAACCGCGUGGUACGACCUCACUAGUCGUCUGCAAAGCAACCAUGUCGUGCUGCAGAGGAGGCAUGACGCGCCCCGGAGCUGGCUGAACAAGCAGCGACAAAUGGUGAAUGGUAGUAGCUCCCCAGGGCUAUCGACUGCCUGA